AUGUUCACUUGCAUCUCAUGCAGGGUCGCCUUCGAGACUGCUGCCGAGCAGCGAUCCCAUUUCUCCACCGACUGGCACAGAUAUAACAUGAAACGUCGAGUGGCCAAUCUACCACCUGUAGCAGCUGAAUCCUUCAACGAAAAAGUGCUGGAAAGGAGAGAGCAGAACGCAGUGAGAACGGAUCCGAGGAGUCUUUCCUGUGCUUCUUGCAAGGAAGCACAGCAGUCUGUCUCGCAUGCUAACUCGAACUCUCACGCAGAUCAAAUCACCUCUCAGAACUCGUCUCAGCCCGCGCCACAUCCUAUCAAAGUCACACACACAGCUACUGAUACGGAUAGCGAGGACGAUAGCGAGGAGGAAGAGGAUGGCGAUUUCUCCGCUCGAAUAGCCAAGGCUCGUAGGCGAAUCCAGCCCACCGACUGUCUCUUCUGUCCCGCGAAUCACAACUCGAUCGACGAUAACACAAAGCAUAUGGCUAAGUCUCACAGCUUCUUCAUUCCAGAUCAGGACAUCUUAUUGGACCUUCCUGGUCUUUUAUCAUAUCUAGGUGAAAAAGUAGCAGUAGGCAAUCUCUGUCUGUACUGCCCUAACGGUGGACGCGAGUUUGGUAGUUUAGAGGCUGUCAGGAAACAUAUGAUAGAUAAAGCUCAUUGCAAGUUGGCGUACGAGAUGGAGGAAGAUAGGGCGGAGCUGGCGGACUUCUACGAUUUUGCGGGACCGGAUGAAAUGGCAGAAUCCGAUUGGGAGGAUAUGGAGGACAGCAUGUCAGACGUAAUGCAAGAGGACGCAAUGCCAGACAAGAUAAAACAGCAACGUCAGAUAUCUCUUGCUCCCGAUGGGCUGUCACUCAUGUUGCCAUCUGGCCGUACUUUGGGUCAUCGAUCUUUGAAAGUUUACUAUUCGCAGCGACUUCGACCAUUCAUUCAUCACAAUACUUCCACCUCUGCCGUUAGUGCAGCAAAGGUCGCUCUUGUUCGUCAGCGAUUGGCAGAUCCGUCACUCGCGUUGGUUCCGGUUGCCGGAGGCCAUGGUGCUUUCGGUCGUGGCCAAGAGCUGAUGAAAGCUCGUAAUGCGGGUGAAGCCAAAUGGGCUAAACGUCAAGGCCGAUCUUUCAAGGAUCAACGGCUGAAAGAGCAGUUCAAGACCAAAGUAGGUUAUGUACACAACAAUCAAAAACAUUUCAGAGACCCUUUGUUACAAUAA